AUGGACACACUGACAACAGAGCUUAGAGAGGAGGAACCACAAGACUUGUGGGAACUCCUUUUUGCAGAUGACUUAGUUUAUAGUGCGGAAACGAAACAGAAGAUACCUAGCUUGGAAAGAGAAAAUGGAACAAGGUGGAUUACAGAAGAAGGAAUAGAUCAGGCGGUGAGACAGAGAGUAAAAGAAGUCUGGAGAAAGUGGAAAGAAGUGACUGGAAUUGUACUGGAUAAGAAGAUCCAACUGAAACUUAAAAUGAAGGUCCAUAAGACUGUCUUCAGACCUGUCCUCUUAUAUGGGGCAGAGACUUGGGCCUUGAGAAGGAAGGAGGAGAAUUUGCUGCAGAGGAUGGAGAUGCGAAUGUAUGAAUGUGACUGUCAUGAAUACAUGGUUGUGAGAGUGUGUAGUCAUUUUAAUGAUUUCUACAUUUUUGGUCUUUAUAGAAGUCCCAACUUCGAUGACAGCAUCUAA